CACUGUUUGUUGCGACAGUCUCAUUCUUGAGUCCAAUAUGGUAUUUCAAAGGAAUCAGGUCCUGAUAUAAGGUCAAAACCGAGAGCAUACAUGGUAAAUUAGCAAUGCGCAUGAUGAGUCUUAAACUGGGCCUGGAUCAUCACCGAGCCGUCAUAUUCACUGUCCCGAACGUUUCCAGCAGAACACCAAAAUCACGAAUACAACUUCAAAGAUACCUUCAAAAUGCGAGUAAUUGUGCUAUAGUAUCGACAUUUCUAGUAAUUAUAUUUUGGAGAGAGUGGUUGUAGAAGUCCAGACCAACCGCACGUAAAAAAACCGCUUAACCUCGCUCCAGCCUUCCCCUCAGCCUCGCCCAAAAAUUCUUCGGAGCUGGUCCGCCGCGGCUAUCCCCGCCGCUAUCGCUAUCCGCCAUCCCAACGUCGAAAUUACAUACCUCCCCGAAUCUCCAACAAACCCACCACCACCUACCGUCGUUCGAACCCCAGCCCGCGUCCGCUGGAGAAUGCGCAGGAUCAGGCAGUCCUAGGAAAAUCCCAUCAGGCAGUUUUCACUCAAGAACUGUUUGACGGACUCCAAAAACCCGGCAUGUCUGGACACGAUGGACGCCGCCGAAACGAGGAGUUUGCCACCCGCGCUCACGACCACAGGCAUGGUGCCAGGGUGGACGAAGAGCCGUAUCUAGGACCACCUGUUGGGCCUGCGCCGGGUCGUGAUCAGAAUGGGAAUAUCGAGAUCACUACGGGGCAGAAGAUGCUGUCCGCGGUAUCGGGGAGUUUGUUCACGUCAUUAAUUGUCACCCCCCUCGACGUCGUCCGCGUCCGCCUCCAAUCCCAACCCAACCCCUCCCUCAACUCCGCCGUCACAAACCUCACCCGCGCCACCACCGUCGAAGGGCUCGGCGCGCUCCCGGCCAACCUCGGCGUCACCGCCUGCUGCCGCGAAGUCUUCUUCGCCGGCAACGCCAUCGAAUACUGCUACGCCGGCCCGUCAAUCGGCACAAUCCGCCCCGCCAACUCGCUAGGCGCCAUCGACUGCUCCAUGGAAGAGACGCAACGACGGACAUUCAACUCCACCCUCGACGCCUUCCGCAAGAUCUCGCGGAAUGAGGGGAUUUCCACCCUCUGGCGCGGACUGUCGCCUACACUCGUCAUGACGGUCCCAGCGAAUAUCAUCUACUUCACCGGCUACGACUGGCUCCGCUUCGCCCCGGCAAGCCCCGUAAACCGCUUCUUCCACGACUCCUACGCCCCCCUCGUCGCCGGCGCAUUCGCCCGCGUCGUAGCAGCCUUCGUGGUGAGCCCCAUCGAGAUGUUCAAGACGCGCAUGCAAGCUAGCCACGGCGCCGUCGUCGGCGGCGGUGGGCAUUUCGCAAAGACCCUCAAUUCCGUGCGCGAGAUGACAAAGACCUCCGGCUACGCUUCGCUCUGGCGCGGCCUAACUCUCACAUUAUGGCGCGAUGUUCCCUUCUCCGGUAUCUACUGGUGGGGCUACGAAACCGUCCGUGGCCAACUAACCGACGCCCGCGAGCGCGCACGCGGCCGGGAAUUCGACCGCGACGGCCCCCGCAGCCGCGAACGCAGCCGUUCCCAAAGCCGAGAAAACCACACCAACACCUUCACCGACUCGUUCACCGCUGGCGCCGUCUCCGGCGCCGUAGCAUCCAUCCUCACCAUGCCCUUUGACGUGGGCAAGACGCGGCAGCAGAUUUUCAAAGACCGAGUUGGCGUGACGGGCGGUGCGUUGGCGCCGGAGCAGCUGAGUAUGCCGCGGUUUUUGAUGCAUAUUUUUAGAGAGGAGGGGGUGCCGGGGCUGUGGAGGGGGUGGGCGGCUAGGACGAUGAAGGUCGCGCCGGCUUGUGCGAUUAUGAUUAGUUGUUAUGAGGUGGGGAAGAGGAUGAGUAGGGUGUUUAAUGAGAAGGCGGAGGAGAAACGGGUUGGUGGGUUGUGAGUGCGAGAAAGUAAUUUAGAAAAAUGGCGUUUAUUAGAUGGGGCCGGGCAAGGGGCUGCGAGGGGGGACUGAAGUUCUUCACCAGCAUUUGGGGCGCCGCUUUGGUGCUUGCGCGAUGCAUAGCAAUUUGGCGUUGUCUUUGGAUUUAUGUAUCUGUAUUAUCUGUAGAAUACCAUAUCGUUCGCACCUCAACUCAAUAGUAAUAGAGAAAAAAUAAAGUAAAGUCGGCAGACAGGCCGUUUGUG